AUGGACGGCCAGGAGACCCAGCUGCAAGUCCCAGACAACUACACUGCGGGGCGGCUCGUGCAGGUGCUGCAUCGGCAGAUUCCCAUGAAGCCUGGCGCGAAGAUGGCGCUGCUGUGGAAGCACCGGAAGAUCUUCAUGGACGAGCGACUGUCGGACCUUGGCAUGGAGGACUGUGAGGAGUUGACCUAUAUCUUUGAGGCCACUGCAGUGCGACAGGCCUGCGAGGCCUUUGCGGGGUUGGUCCAUGGCGAGAAUCGGAUCUAUGCACUGGAAGGCCUCACGAAGCUUCACAUCGGCAGAAACCUACAGGGAGGGCUGCAGAACAUCCACUUGCCAGAUUCUCUCCAAGCGCUGACCUUUGGCGCCUUCUUCGACCAGAGCUUGCAGGGAGUCACCUUGCCAAGCAGGCUGAGGAUCUUGGCUUUUUCGUCGGUCUUCAGUCGGCGCUUGGACCCAGCACCAUCGUUGAGGAGCAUUUCCUUGGACGAGGACUUCAACCACCCGUUGCAGCAAGUGACUUUGCCCGAAGGCUUGCAGACCUUAAGCUUUGGACGGAGCUUCAAUCAGAGCUUGCGGGGCCUCAAGCUGCCAGCGAGCCUUCUGAACUUAGUCCUCAGCGCCAACUUCAAUCAGAGCCUCCAAGGCGUUGACUUCCCGGAGCACUUGCAGAAUUUGGUCUUGGGAUAUCACUUCAAUCAGAGUUUAGAAGAGGUGAAGUUGCCAAGGGGCUUAGCUUCCCUCCAGUUUGGGAAAAGCUUCAAUCAGUCCUUAGAGCGCGUGUCCUUCCCCAAGAACUUGCAGAGCUUGACCCUGGGCCAGGACUUCGAGCAGAGUUUGAAGCCACUCUGUGAUCUUCAUCUAGAAGUUCUCAGCUUUUCUGGCAAACUCUUUGCUGAGCGUGCUGAGCAGCCUCCACUGGGCUUCCUCGCGCGCUUACGGCAGCUAUGGCAGGCGCCACCCAUUAGAUGCGAGUCGUUGAGCUUCAGCCAUUUGCAAGUUCUGAAUUUGGGUCCCGACUUUGAGCAGCCCUUAGGGCACUGGGAGCUCCAACACCUGCGUGAGCUCCACACUGGCAGAAGCUCCGAGCUCCCGAAACUACACCCGGAGAGCUUGCAGGUCUUGUCCUUCCGCGGUGAACAGAAGGACACCUUGGACUUGCAAUCCUUCCAACAUCUUCGAUCCUUGACGUGGGGCUCAUCACCACUUGAGUGUUCCUUGCCUCACCAACUCGAGUGCUUGACCUUUGGUGAGGACUUCGACCAUAGCCUGGAGGGGGUUCACUUCCCAGACGGUUGGCGCGAGGAGAAGAGCUUGAAGUCCUGCUUGGGGAGGGUGUUGGUGGCCGGCUCAUGUUUGCCUUUGUUUUGUUCUUUACCCGGUUUUCUUCUUUUUUGGGGCUGGGGAAACAGGCGUCUCAGUGUGUGCAGCCCAAAAACGGAGAAAACACCUCCGGUUUGGGGGCGCCAAGGCCUCGUUUCAUUGAACUUGGGGGCGCGGUUCAAUCAGAGCUUGUGUGGAGUGGUGCUGCCCAAAUCUCUGGAAGUCUUGAACUUCUCAGAGGAUUUCAACCAGCCCUUGAGAGUCAAAUGGCCACGUGGCUUGCGGAGCUUGAGCUUGGGCGACCGCUUCAACCGACCCAUCGAUGAGCUGCCGAAGACCCUGGAGACCUUGUGUUUUGGAGCGGACUUCGAUCAGAGCUUGAACCAAGUGCCGUUGCCGCGGAGCUUGAAGAGCUUAAGCUUCGGAGAUCGAUUCAACCACGCCCUCGAGGAGGCGCAGCUGCCCAGUGGCCUACAGCACCUCAGCCUGGGCUGUGACUUCAAUCGGAGCUUGGUGAAGGUGCGUUUCCCUCCGUUGCAGAGCUUGACGCUGGGUUGGAAGUUCAUCCAACGUAUGGACGGCAUCGAGCUGCCGGCGACGCUGCAGAGCUUAAACUGCGAGAGCCAAUACUGCGAGGGAUGGGAGAACUUCCGCCUUCCAGCCAACCUGAAAGUGCUGCGAUUUCGAUAUUUGGACUUUAAGCAGAUCGUGCACAGGGUGAAUCUGCCCUCACGGUUGCAAGAGCUACAAUGCCAGGACACCCUGAUCAGCUCGGAGCCCUUCGACCUCAUGGAGCGCAGCUCCGAUGUGCCCAGUGGCGCACAUCGCUUGGUGCGCCUGCGGCGCACGGGCGAGGAGAUGGAGUCAACGAAUCUUUGA